UCUGUGUCCUGCGUUGUCCCACAGAAGCUGCUGUCCGAGUGCCAGGACCAGCAGUGGUGCCAGUUCUCGGUGCACAGCCAAGUCUUCGGGCCGGACCCGUGCCCUGGGACACACAAGUACCUCAUCACUUCCUACAAGUGCCGGCCAGGGAACCAUCGGGUCAAGACGGUGUGCGAGAACGACAAGCUGAGGCUGCAGUGCCGGCCAAAGUCCGUCCUGGCCAUUUAUUCCGCAAAUUACGGGCGAUUCCUGCGGGGCAAACCGGAGUGCGAUGCCCCGAACGUGGAGGGAGCCCACAUAGAGUGCCUGGCUCCAGACGCCCUGCGGAGGGUUUCCAAGAGGUGCCACCGCAGGGGGAACUGCACCGUGGCUGCUGACCGGGCCACCUUCGGGGACCCCUGCUUCCCCGGCACGAAGAAACAGCUGCGAGUGUCCUACACCUGCGUGCCCAAGCAGCUGCUGGAGGAGGUUGGCCCUGACACCUCGGACCCCUUCCUACUCUCGGACUACAUGCACGGUGGCUGGUACAAAGGGCCCCGGUUCUCCAGGCUGCGGGAAGACCGGAUGAUUUUUUCUAGCUCCCUGGCAGCCUUUGCCCAGCUUUGGGGUGUCCCCGAGAAAGUGGGGCUCUACUUCCUCUGCGGGGUCUCGGGAGGCCUCAUGCUGCUGCUGUGCAUCAUCAGCCCCAAAGCCGCCUUCCUCCAGGAGGUGGGGGCAGCUCUCAAGGACGCGGAGCUGGGGAGCAGCUCGGAGCUGAGCAGGGCCAAGCUGCGGGACGAGCAGGACGAGGACCUCCCCGACGACAGCUCCUCGGACUCCUCCUUCCGCCGCCUCACCCGCACCUACCGGGCCACCGACAGCAUCUUCGGCCCCGAGCUGACGGCGGCCUUGGAGGGGGCGGUGGAGCAGGCGGGCCGCAGUGGGGAUGAGAUCUGGAUGCCCAAGGAGUCGAGCCCGUAUGCCAUCCACAAGAUCAAGUCGGCCACCAAAUAA